UGUUACAAAAAUAUGAACAUUUAAAAAUAGACUUUAAUCAAUCAUCAACCGGUUCACAAUAGAUUUUAAUCAUUCUCAUUAUUUACUUUUACUUUUUUCUUCCUUCUCACUCGAUCUGACUUUUUUCUUUCUUUUUCUCUUUCUUAUCAUCAUUUUUAUCAUCAUCUUCAUCUUCAUCAUCAUCAUGGUCCUAAAAAUGGAAAAUCUUAUUCUCAUUCUUAUUGUCCGUUUGAUUUUCAAAGAGGCCACAUCAUUGAAACGGUCAAUCCAGUUAUCUCAAUAUUAUUACAAUUCUGUGUUUCCUUACAGUCUCUUGUUUUCUCAACAAUUGGGCUGACAAUUAGUUGAUUGUGAUUGGGACAAUAACAAAGAAAACCAUGAAUGAAUCAUUGAAAAAUUUAAUUCGAUUAAUAUCAUUGGUCUUUUAUCAUUGGUUGGAGGCAAUUGUUUACUUUUUCAUUCCUGGUCAAUGGAGAUACAAGUCACUCGAAAAUGAGACUGUUCUAAUUACUGGUGCUGCGAGUGGCAUUGGCCGUGUUUUGGCACUUAAAUUGGCACCAAAGGUCAAAUGUUUAGUUCUAUGGGAUAUUAAUGGCCCACCAUUGAAGGCAACAGCGUCAACCAUCAGGUCGUUAGGGUGCAAGUGCUACGAGUAUGUUGGUGACAUUUCUAAUCGUGAAUGGGUCCAAUCGAUGCCCGAGAAAAUUAAAUCGGAAAUUGGUACUCAUGUUACCAUGAUUAUCAAUAAUGCUGGUGUCGUUUCUGGUAAAGAGUUUCUCCAAUUGUCCGAUCAAGAGAUUAUCCGUUCAUUUGAUGUGAACAUUUUGUCCAAUUUUUGGAUUAAUCGAGCUUUUCUACCCGAUAUGAUGUCCACUAAUCAUGGACACAUUGUGACCAUGGCAACGGUUGCAUCGUUCUUUGGUGUACCAAAGUUGACGGAUUAUUCAGCGACCAAGGCCGCUGUUUACAUGUUACACGAAACGUUGGCCUGUGAACUGAUGAAAAGUGGACACACGGGUGUUAAAUGUACGGCAAUUUGUCCCUUCCUCGUGAACACUGGCAUGUUUGAUGGAGCCUCAUCCAGCCUCAUCUCUACCCUGGAUCCUGAAUAUAUCGCUGAGAAAAUAGUUCAUGCCAUUCGAACCGAUCAAUUUAUUCUGGUACUACCUCGAAUCGUCUAUUACCUCAUGGUAGUAAGGUCAUUUAUACCCUCGAUGAGCGGCUAUUAUAUGUACAAAGCAGCGGGUUUCCUUGAGUUGAUGGCCAAAUUUACUGGACGAUUAUCAGAAUCUCAGAAAAUUAAUAAGAAUAGGAACUCAAUUCAUCAAGCUAAUGGCUCCAAGAUAAUUAAGUCCAGCUGAUCAUCAUCUUCUUCAUUCGUCAUCUACCAUGUGAUAAUCAUGCUAACGAUCAUGUUUACAAUCAGCUGAUUUACAUUUGAUCACUUUUCAUUGAGUGUAAUCAACAAUCAAAAAGUUAAUUACCUUAA